AUGUUGCGGGCGGAGUCCCCGCCAAUGAGGCUCCGCCGCGGCGCACGGGAAGGGAGAUGCGCGCGCAAAUGGCAGGCGCGCACAAUCCGAAGGGCUUCCGCAGACGGAAGCGCAGGGGAGCACGGCACGGGGAGGGGCGGGAGGCAACCCGCGAGCUGGGAAGGUCACGGCCCCCACUGGACUUGGCAAGAGGAGGUUGACCUUUUUCCUCAGUGCCCCCAGUACCGCCGUCGCUCGGUCAUCAUGGCUUCCCGCGCCACUCCCACCGCCGCCGCCGUCGCUCACCCCAUCGCUAAUCCGGCUCGCUUCGUGUUCCUCGUGGCCUGCGCCGCGCUCCUGGUCCUUGCACCUGCCGCGCUUCCAGCGCUCGCUGCCGGUCGCGGAUCCGCCGCGCCGAACCCCGCGGAUCAUCAUGAUCUCAUCAUGGUGGGCGCGAGCCGGCGGGCUCUGCAAUACAUACCCGGGCUGGUUUUUGCUCCAGGUUCGGAACCCCCUCCUGGUCCGUGGACCGCUCCCGGUUCGGAGUACGCACCCGCUUCAGGGUCCGCUCCUGGUUCGGGGCCUGCACCCGGCUCGGGGUCCGCUCCUGGUUCGCAGUCCGCACCCGCUUCGGAGUCUGCUCCCAGUUCAGGGUCUGCACCGGCUUCGGGGUCCGCUCCUGGUUCGGGGUCCGCUCCCGCUUCGGAGUCUGCUCCCAGUUCAGGGUCUGCACCGGCUUCGGGAUCCGCUCCUGGUUCGGAGUCUGCACCCGGUUCGCAGCCUGCCCCUGGUUCGCCGUCCGCUCCUGGUUCAGGGUCCGCACCCGCUUCGGAGUCCGCACCUGGUUCGGGGUCCUCACCUGGUUCGGGAUCUGCUCCCGGCUCAGGGUCCGCUCCCAGUUCGCAGUCUGCUCCCGGUUCACCGUCCGCGCCUGGUUCGGGGCCCGCACCCGCUUCGGGGUCUGCACCUGGUUCGGAGUCCGCACCCGGUUCGGGGUCCGCUCCUGGUUCGGGGUCCGCUCCUGGUUCGGGGUCCGCUCCUGGUUCGGGGUCUGCACCUGGUUCGGGGUCCGCACCUGGUUCGCAAUCCGCUCCUGGUUCAAACUCCGGGUCGAACGUCCCACCCAACUUGGACACCUACUACGAAGACGACUACAUGCAAGACUAUUCCCUAGACGAGGUGAUUGCAGCUGCCUCGCCGUCCGGGUCGCCGCCCGCGGGCCCUCUGCACCUGUUCCCAAGCGGGAGAACCAUCUUUCUGCCGACGAACCAGGCGUGGAGCGACGCGCUGGCGGGGUACAAGAACACCCGCAGCAGCGGCGCGCUCUACGAGGCGUUGGAUGCGGUGGCGAGCGGUAACAAGGUGAAAGACGCUCUGGAUUUCUCCAAGAAGACGAUUAGGACGAGCGAGCUUGCGGCUCUGGCGGCCAAGGCGAAGGCGUGCAACGCGAGAACGACCAAGCCGCCGCCGAUGUCGGAAGCUGCGCGGACUGCUCUGCUGAACCUGAUGUCGUUCCACACGGCGGAGUCGAAGGUUACCGUUGUGGACCUCGACAGCAAGGUACGCCCCGUAUUGAGUCGACUUGAACCGCGCGGACUGCUCUGCUGA